CUUAAUUUUAUGGCUUGCCACUUCUUCCUUCUGCUCUUUCUUUCCUCCGUCACAUCCAUGGCGGCUGCCCAAGAUACCGCCGCCUUCAUCUACGCCGGAUGCUCGCAGACGAGCUACUCCCCCGGCUCCCCCUACCAGCUCAAUGUUGACUCCCUCCUCUCCUCCCUCACUGCGGCCGCAACCUCCUCCUUCUACAUCAAUCUCACGUCCUCCGCCUCCGUUGCUGGUUCUUUGCCUACCUUCGGCCUCUUCCAGUGCCGUGGCGACCUCCAGCCCCGCGAAUGCUCCGCCUGCAUCCGCUCCGCCCUCUCCAAGUUCUCCUCCCUCUGCCCGUUCGCAGCCGGCGCAGCCGUCCAGCUCGACGGCUGCUUCCUCCGCUACGGCAACGAUGCCUUCGUCGGCAAGCCCGACGCCACGGUCGUCUACAAGAAGUGCGGCGCCUCCUCGGGCAGCGGCCAGAUCGGGAUCCGCGAUGCCGCGCUCUCAGGCCUGACGGGCGGUGGCUUUGGUGGGUAUAGGGCCGGCGCUUCCGGGUACGUGCAGGCAGUGGCGCAGUGCGUGGGCGACCAGACCGCGAAGCAGUGCGACGACUGCUUGGGGGCGGCGGUGGCGCAGCUCAAGGCCGCCUGCGGGUACGCCGUCUCCGGCGAGGCGUACCUCGGUAAGUGCUUCGCCAGAUUCUGGUGCAACGGAAAUGGUGGCGUCGACAUCGAGGCGGGCAACCACCACGACGACAAUGAUGAAACUGGAAGAACAGCAGCAAUUAUCAUUGCCCUCAUAGCUGGAGUUGCUCUCUUAAUAUUGUUUCUUUCCUUCGUCAGGAAAGCUGGAAACCCUGAUAAAGACUAGUGAAGUUGAAGUGGAUCCUUCAGUUCUUCCAUUUAGUUUUACUUUACUUUCAUUUUAGCUUUAUAUGUUCUUUGUGAAACCAUUCCUAAAGAAAG